GGCUGGAUGGGAUUUUUUUGUUUGUGAUUCAUCGGUACUGCACAGAAUGAAGCUUUCCUACACACUUGUCGCAAUACUUGCGACAUGCCUCUUAGUUGUAGACACGAAUGGAGAACAAAAGGCAAAAACGAAAAGAGAGAAAAAGUCUAAGAGUAUACGAACAUCUCGACAACUGAAUAAUAACAAAAAUAACAAUGCAGACCAAAUGGUACAAAAUAUCCUUCGAUGGCUACAAGACGUGUACGGACAACAGAGCAGAACUAUUCGACAAGGAUCUCUACGAGAAUAUCUUCCACCAACAAACUCACAAAAACCAAGACCAUUUGAACCAAGACCAGAUCAGGGUUCUGGAAUAGAUGAACAAGGAAACUUUGUAGACUCUGGCUACCCACCAGCUGGAAGUAUUACUCCUCAACCACCUUUUAACAUUUAUACCAACCCUGCUACUGGAGGAAUUACUGGUAUCGGUUCUCCUGGAAUUCCUGGAGAAGACUUUUCCAUUGGACCUGGAAGUACCGGUUAUCCUACUCAAUCUCCAACCAGACCUCCAUAUCAACCACAAAAUACCUACGUUCCUCCAUCAACGUACUUCACCAAUGGGCCAAGAGAAUUUACAGAUUCUAACGGAGUUACCGGAAGACCAGGCUAUACUGCAGAAACAGAGCGAACGCCUUAUACCAGUGAAACACAAACACCUGCGCAAACCCCUGGAGCUCCCGGUAUAUCUCCUGGUUACACAGGUACACCUUCACAAGAAACACCAGGUUAUCCAACGGCUUCACCAUCUGGAUUUACAGGAUAUCCCACUGGAAGCUCCCAAGGUUCGACUAGGUAUCCAACUGGUCCAACAGGUUAUCCGACAUUCCCAACAUCUUCUCCUUCUGGAUUUACAGGUUAUCCUUCUGGUGCUCCUACAGGCCCCAGUUUUCCUACCUACAGACCUGGAGAAACAGUUGGACCAGGAGAUUUCAGGACUCCUUCCAAUGAAUUUACUGGAUACCCAAGCCGUCCAACAGAACCUACUGGUUAUCCUUCUGGUGCUCCUACAGGCCCCAGUUUUCCUACCUUUAGACCUGGAGAAACAAUUGGACCAGGGGAUUUCAGGACUCCUUCCAAUGAAUUUACCGGAUAUCCAACAAGUCGUCCAACAGAACCUACUGGAUAUCCAACAGGCGGUCCAACUGAUAAUUCAGGAUAUCCAACAGGACGUCCAACAGAUACUUCAGGCUACCCAACAGGAGGUCCAACAUAUACUUCUGGAUAUCCAACAGGUCGUCCAACAGAUACUUCAGGGUAUCCAACAGGAAAACCCACUGACACUGCAGGAUAUACAACUGGUCGUCCAAUAGAUACUUCCGGAUAUCCUACUGGAUAUCCUUCAGGACGUCCAACAGAAGGCACAGAUUUUCCUAGCGGACCCCCCUCAGGAUUACCGACAGCAUCUUCAACAGAAGUACCAAGGUACGUUGGUACCACUGAACCUCCAACAGAAUCUUCAUCUUCUGGUGUUCCUGCACCUACAUCGCCAGGUGUUUCUCAGCCUGCACCUGUUGAAGAAGAAACUGAAACAACAACUCCACCGGCAAGUGAACAAACAACAAGUGAAAGCUCUGCUGAACAAACUACGGCCAGUUCUGCUUCGCCAACAGCAGCUCCUACUACAGAAGUCCCUGAGCAAACUCCAUCGCCAAAUGGAGAAUCUGGAAUUAUAGAGAUACCAAGUGACCAAACUCCAUCACCAAAUGGAGAAUCUGGAAUUAUAGAGAUACCAAGUGACGAAGACGAUAAGCAUCCUCCACAUAUUCACGCUUUGGAUGUAGAAUGCGCCAAAGAUAUGAUGACUAUAAACAUUGAAUUUAAUAGGGAAUUUAAUGGCGUUAUCUAUUCAAAGGGCUAUUACAAUAUGCCAGAAUGUCGGUAUGUCAACGAAAAUUCUGGACAGACUAAAUACACUUUCACCGUUAACCUUAAUAUGUGUGGAACUGAAUUCAUAAAUGCUUUCGACACGGAAGGACAGAGUUAUCUUCAAAAUGUUUUGGUUCUUCAAAAUGAACUAGGUAUUCAAGAAGUCUGGGAUACCGUAAGAUCAGUUCGCUGUCUUUGGGAGGGCAAUUUGAAGGAGCAGCUUAGUGUGACACUUAUGGUCGGCAUGCUCUCCCAGGAAAUCGUGACUUUCAGCGGGGAUACCGCCAUGGCUAAAUUAGAUGUACUCUUAGGAAGGGGUCCAUUCGGUCAACCUGUUAACGGAUUAGUGAAAAUUGGUGAACAAAUGACUUUGGUUGUAUCCGUUUCUGGAGAUCCAGGUUUCGACGUUCAGGUUAAAGACUGCAAAGCUACAGAUUCGUCUGGAACUAGCAGUGUCGCUCUAACUGAUGACAAUGGAUGCAUAUUAAAACCGAAACUAUUUGGAUCUUUCCAAAAAACAAGAAAUACAGGAGAUUCAGGGGCCUCCAUAAUUGCCUAUGCCUACUUCAACGCAUUCAAGUUCCCAGAUAUAAUGGACAUUAUGAUAGAAUGUAACAUUGAACUCUGCAAAACUGAUUGCGAAAUGUGCCCUGAUCCAAAUCCCCAAUUGGAACCUGCGAAGCGCCGAAAACGUGAUAUUUCUUUCGGAAAUGAAACUCUUCAUGAUUCUGUGUUAAUGGCGAAACAUCUAAGGAUCGUCCUUCCAGAAGAUUUAGCAGCAGCAGUAGAUAUAGCUCAGCAUGAUGGCGUAUGUAUGUCUACACAAAGUUUUGUCUAUGGAUCUUCAAUAUUAAUAUCUCUACUCACUGCCAGUUGUUUACUAAGUGCCUAUUUGUGGUUCACGUCACAAAAAUUAAGAAUGAUGAAAAACUGAAAGUUUUAUAUGUAGUGUAAGUGAAAUACGAAAAAAUUGCAAUAUUUUGAUGAAUGUAAAUGUGGCAAAAAGAGUGCCUUUUUAAUUUUAUAUUGGAUACCUGGGAUCCAAGGUACAACACAUUAUUUUCAUGUUGAAUAAUUAUGUCCUAUGUCUAUAUCAUAUUUGUGUUUUAUACCGUCCUCGUCUAUAUUUCCCCAUGGCCCUGUUGUUGAUUUUAUCUAAAAUGGUACAGCAUUUUUCAGAAUUGGAAUUUUGACUUUAAAUUGUUAUUUUAUUCCGCAAAAAUGACAUAUUUAUAAUGUAUUUGUUUCAUUAUAAUUAAAACAUAUGGAGAGAGUUACCAAAAUAGGUUUGUUCGAAUGAAAUAAGGAAAAUAAUUGUAACAAACAGUAAAAAGUUGUAAAUAUCUAUAACCCAGUACAUAUCUUAGAAGCUAUGUUAAGUUACGUUUUUACUGGGACGUCUGUUACGAUCAUGGUUGAGCGACCGUCGCUGGCAAUGAUCGCUGAGCGAUGAUCGCAAGCGGAAUGUUUUUACUGCGACGAUUUGAUUAGUGAGUUGUCCGUUCUCUAGUGAACAAGUUGUUUUGAGCAUGUGUAAAAGAGAACAAUUAUUGUUAAAAUGCCUGCUAUCAGAAAGAAUAGAGGAUGAAGAAAUGUUAAGUACAACAAGAUUAGAAAAACAUGCAAUAUUUAAAAGAAGGCAAGAAGAAGGAUACUUCAAAAUUCUGAGAAACAACCAUUUAUUAGGAGAUGAUUUUAAAUUUCCACAGUUUGUCGCAAUAGACGCUCCGAUAAAAACGUACCUUUAUAAUUAAAAUUCCACUUUAUCAGCGACUAAUUUUAAAAAAGUAGGUAUUAUUUUUGUUGGCUGCCUAUUAAUUAGAAAUUUUAAAACGGCCCCCUUUUUAAGAAUUUUAUUUAAAGUAUUUAAAAGUAUUACUAAAUUUAUGAAAGUAUUUAUUAAAGAUAUAUCACACUAAUUAUUGAAAUAUAAAGACAAUUAGGAAACACAUGGAUUUAAAUAUUCUAAAUUCUAUCUAAGUUAAUAAAGCAUUUAUAUGUUUUUAAAAUACAGUGUAAUAUCUACAUAAAAAAGGUUACGAAAUGUUAAUGGAGAAAAUGCUUGCAGUGCAAUACUUAAAUUUUGCCUCUGUGAUAUGUUGCAGUCUAAUACUAAAGAUAAGUCACUUUUUAUGAUUUCCAGAUCGCACUAUAGUACUGUGACACUGUGGUCUCAGCAUUUUACUAUAGAGAAGAAAGUAAUCUAACGCCAGUACAGAAGCUUUGCUUAAAAAAUAGGCAAAUUGAUUGGUUUAUCAUCAUACACCUGCCCCUCCAUAUUCAGACCAUCGCCCCCACUCUUUUGAGCAAUGGACAGUCUAAGUAUGACGUCACGGCAGCCAUAUUGUUAUUAUCACUUUCCAAACAAAAGUUGAAAAGCCAGGGUUUGCCCAAUCUCAAGACUUUUUGAUUUCUAUAAAGUCAAAAUUUUGCUUCCUGUGCUGUUUUUUUCUUAAGUACAGUGUUUUUUACGAUAAUACCAUCAUAAUUCGGUGUUAAAUUUCUAUGAAUUAUAGUUUAAAAGGUACAAUUAAAGAAAUUCUAACCUUACUUUAUUGAUACAUGCAUUUUAUUGCUAUUUUUAUAAAACAACAUGCUUUAUUAUUUACACAACCUUGUAAAAUUGUUGUUACAAAAAGCGGAAAGAUUGUGCAAAAAAAUGAAAAAAACAAAAAAAUAAAAAUUAUCCACACUAAACAAGGUUUGUUUGGAAAUUGAAACUGACAGAUGUCAAUAAAAAUAAAUGCUUCUACGUCAUGACUCCGGCAGUCUACUGUCAUUGUCACUAUGUCACUACUGAGUAGUGACUACUCUCCUUAUUUUAUUCUGUUAACUCGUGCAAUCCGCUUGUUUUUUUUUUAAUGUCCAAUUAUUGACGUUUUCGAACUUUUAUAUAUCUUAUUCUAUUACUUCUAUAUGCAUCUAUGAGUGUCUUUUCAGCUACGUCUUCGAAGCAUCUUUAUCAGUCACUCUCCUACAAAUAGUGAAGCUACGACAGUAUAUAUCUUUUAAGUAGGGAGAAAUGGGAGAAAUAGAAGUACGUAAGCUUCUCGAUGCAAUGUGCUAGAAAGAGAUAGACGAGCGCAAGCAGUACCCGUGGCCGGUAUGUUCGGUCGGUUUAAGGUCGAUUCAGACACACCAGUCACGUCUCGUCACAGUCCUGAUGCCGAACAAAACAAUCCGUCAUACAAAAUAUUCUUUAAUAGAAAUAUGGCACCAGCAUUCACAUUCAUCAGUUGACGAACGGUUUCCCAUCUGUCAGAUAAUUAAUAGUUCUGUGACCAAACAAGACCGAUUCGGCGCCGAAACUGUGACAGCACUGAUGUGUCUGAAUCGACCUUUAGUUUACCGAAAGUAUAAGCUGAAUAUAGCCGCAAAUGUCAACCAUGAAAUAAAAUAUUUCGGUUGGACAGUCUUCAAAUAUAAAGAGAGAAAGUACAUUUUGAUUAUAUUAUUUUAUGAAUUCUACUAUUUUUCAUUUAUAUGAAACAAUAACGAGUAAAUUUGUCUCUUUCGAGAUUAAUUUCAAACAUCUGUUGCAAUCUGGCAACUGCUGAUUUGACGAUUGCCAAAUAUAUCCCCUAAUAUAUCAAAGGCAUCGAGAAAGGGUAAUUGCCAAAAAAUUCUAAUAAUUAACUGCAAUUAAUCUCCAAAUUUACUCAUUCUUGUUUAAUAUAAAUAAAAAAUUGCAGAAUUUAUAACAUAAUAUAAACAAAAUGUACUUUCGGUAAACUCAACCGUUCGGUCUAUGUUAUUACACAGAAUAAUAAAAAAUAUUGUUUAUUAUUCUGUGGUUAUUACAUAUAUUUUAAACCUAAAAAAGAUUUAGAAUAUUUAAAUUCAUAAAAAAUUGCAAUUGUUUCCGUAACUCAGAAUAAUUCAUUAAUAAUAUUAUUUUUUUUAAUGAGUGAAGAUUCACCGAUAGAAUUUCUGUACAUAGCAUUGAUUUAAGCAUUAAACUAAUAUCAUAUUUCAAAUUAAAUGAAUAAGAUUUUAGAUUGUAUAUGUCAGACAAUUUAUAAUAUUUUUAACUACUGGUACUGGCAUUAUAUCUCAUUUUCGAGAAAUACUUCAUCACUUACUCGCAGCGAAUCUGGAAGAAAUAAUUUCUAAGAUAUAUACCGCAUAUUUUAUAUCAAAAUCACUUGGAUGAUACCAGUGCUAGUAGUUUUUUUUAAUACCAUAGUUAAUAUAAAAUACUGCCAUUCAAUGAGUUUCAGCCAGUGUAAGUAUAUGAAGUUAAAGAAGUAACGUUUAUUUUCUUUAUCAUUGAUAAAUAUUAACAAUGAGAUAAAUGUUGCUUAUUCUUUAUUGUAUAAACUUUGUUAUCUGCCAGCUCAAUAUAUGAUUAAUAUUAAACGUAUGUAAGUAGAGGCAUUUAGGUUAGUUUACAAGAUUCUCUUAUGCCCCUAUAUAUUAA